AUGAUUGCAAACUCUGUCGAUCUCCCUUUCCUUUUCCACAUCAGUCCCUCAGGCAAGAGCCCAUGCUCCUUCGCCACGAGGGCGACUCGCUCCGCAACAAUUGCCUCCAAAACCUUCCCCACGCAACUCAAGAGCGCUAUGGGACGCCAUGCUCCUGCCAUCUUCUGCUGUGCUGCCGUCUUUCCUGGGUUCAUCAGAACCACCACUUUCGCAUGCCGCCACCGUGGUGGGAACGAGCCGAGGGUAAAGAUCCUGGUCGCGAUUACAACUAGCGCUUCCACUAGCGCCUCCCGCACGCCUUGA